AUGUUUAUCUCUGGAGGCAUUAUCACAAUCCUCUACGCCCUCGUCGCCCUUGUCUUGUUUGGUGUCUUGGUUGUAGAUGGAAACAAGUGGAGAUUCAAGGCACCGGCGCGCAAAAACGGUUCCAACUUUUUCAGAGACCUCGUCGGCCAGUUCUCCUGGGGCCGUAUUCAUCGUUCCAACCAAUCCUCCAACCCGACCGGCGGCACCCAAAGCACCUCAGAGCCAUCCACGGGUGCGAUCCCAGCUGGCAACGGUUUUGGUUUGCGAUCGAUUGCUGGGCGGAUACCGGGUUCCAUCCGACUUGGCAGUGUCACCAGAAAGUCCACCGAGGGAAAGGAAAGGCCCAUCUAUGAAGAGCAUGCCAACGUUAUCGAUAUUGCGAGUGUCGAUGUCAACGGUCACCAGCCCGAGCUCAGCAGCUUUUCGACCCCUGAGAAUACCGAGCGUGGUCGUUCCAGUGGUACCAAGGCAGUUGGUGGGCCUCAUCACAAGGAGGGUGGGCUCAUCAGGCAACCCACUGUUGCUCAUCAUGCCGCCACGCAAGCCUCGAUGAAUCCUAAUCAAGUCAGUGGAAAGGGUGUUCAGCUCAAGGCUUUGGCAGUCAAGAUGCUCUGGUAUCCUGCAGGUGUGUACCCCCGAUACGCCCAGAGAUUCGUUAGCUAA